AUGAUGCACCUUCGAAACCUGGCUAUUGCCAUUGGUGCCCUAGCGACAAUCGCUCAUGGGGCAAAGACAUUGCAGACCGUGACAGGGUGGGGUUCAUUGGAGAGUUCGGCAAAAGUGACAGUCCAGCUCUACGUCCCUGACCAAGUGGCAACCAGCCCAGCUGUGGUUUUUGCGCUUCAUGGCUGCGGUGGUUCUGGGUCAGAAUACUAUCAACGAGAAGCCAAUUACGGCACUUAUGCAGAGGAAAAGGGAUUCUUGGUCGUGUAUCCGAGCAGCAAAAAUGACAGUAAUUGCUGGGAUGUGUCGUCAACUUCAUCUCUCACCCACGACGGCGGCAGCCAAAGCCAGGCUCUGGCUCAGGUCGCAUCCUACCUCCAAGAACAGUACAACGCAGACCCUGACCAGAUCUUUGUCACUGGCUCGUCGUCGGGCUGCAUGAUGACCAACGUCGUCAUGGCUGUCUAUCCCGACGUUUUCAAGGCAGCUUCUUGUUAUUCUGGUGUCGCUGCUGGUUGUCUGGCUGGCUCUCCAGGCAAUAGCCCAGCCGAUUCAAAUCAUACUUGCCCGGAUGGGGACGUUCACAAAACAGGUGCUCAGUGGGCAGAGCAGGUACGCGCCAUGUAUCCCGAGUACAAUGGUACAUAUGGGCGUAUGCAAACAUGGCACGGCACAGCUGACAACCUCGUCUUCUAUGCCAACCUCGCGGAGCAGUUGAAGGAAUGGUCUGCACUAUUAAAUGUCUCAUUUACGAAGAACGUCACAGAUUACCCCACGACCGGGUAUACUAGGAUGGUAUAUGGUGACGGCACAACUCUUGUAGGCUACUCUGCUCAAGGAGUUGGUCACACGGUCCCUGUUCACCCCAAGCUGGAUCUUGCAUGGUUUGGUCUUAGCUAA